CACCACGUGACGCCAGCACACCCCCUCCACCCUCGCUUCACCACCCCCCUACCCAAGAUGGCGGCGCGCAGGCACAACAAGUCCGCCCGGUGUGUCAGCUGGCUGGCCCAUCUGGCCAUCCUAGGCUUGGCCUUGUGCAUCUCUCUCUCCGAUGCCGUCGACCGCAGCAACUUCAAGACAUGCGAGCAGAGCUCAUUCUGCAGGCGCCAGCGCAAGAUGGAGGCGGAGCAGUCUCCGUACCGCGCGCUGCUCGACACCCUGGACGUGCAAGAGAAUAGUGCGCGCGUGCAGCUCCUCAACGCUGCCAACAAGGUGCGGCUGGUGCUGGAGGUAGUGGGGCUGAAGGACGGGAUGGUGCGGCUGCUCGUCGAUGAGCUGGCGCCACUCAAGCCGCGAUACCGUGUCCAGGACGUGCUAGUCGGGGAGCCGGCCAGCGAGCGGCUGACGGUGGUGAGCCGGGAGGAGGGCGUGGUGGUGCUGGCGUGGGGCGGCUCCGGCGGGCUCGGCGAGGGCCCCGGCGGCGCCCGCGUGCUGCUGUCGGCUCAGCCGUUCCGCGUGGACAUCGUGAGCGCCGGCGAGCUCGUGGCCAGCGUCAACUCGCGCGGCCUCCUCGCCUUCGAGCACCUGCGCCUGCGCGGAAACACGCUCUCGGAGGCAGUCGGUAACACAGUGGGUAGCAUGUGGACUAAACUCAAGAACGUGUUUUCUAGGAAGGAGUCUGAGGAAUCUCCUGGGGUGGACGAGGAGGGGGCCGCCGGGAGCGACUCCACCGAGGCGGCUGCGGAGGAAGGGGGCGGAGAAGACGAUAACGGCUCGGAGUCCAAGGUGACGGAAGAGGAGGACGAGCCGGGAAUGUGGGAGGAGACGUUUAAGACUCAUCACGACAGCAAACCCAAUGGCCCUGCCUCGGUGGGGUUGGACUUUUCUCUGCCGGGUGUUGAGUUUGUGUACGGCAUCCCCGAGCACGCCGACACAUUCCGUCUCAAGACCACCACGGGCUCGGAGCCUUACCGCCUCUACAACCUCGACGUGUUCGAGUACGAGCUGGACACCAACAUGGCGCUCUACGGCGCAGUCCCCUACCUCAUCGCGCACCGGCCGGAGCGCACCCUCGGCAUCUUCUGGCACAACGCCGCCGAAACUUGGGUGGACAUCAGCUCCAACACGGCCGGCAAGACGGUGUUCGGCAAGAUGCUGGACUACGUGCGCGGGGGCAGCGAGGUGCCGCAGACGGACGUGCGGUGGAUGUCGGAGAGCGGCAUCAUCGACGUGUUCGUGCUGUUGGGGCCCACGCCCAACGACCUGUUCCGGCAAUAUGCCUCGCUCACCGGCACGCAGUCGCUGCCGCCGCUCUUCUCGCUCGGCUACCACCAGUGCCGCUGGAACUACAACGACGAGGACGACGUGCGGGCGGUGGACGCGGGCUUCGACGCCAACGACUUGCCCUACGAUGUCAUCUGGCUGGACAUCGAGCACGCGGACGGCAAGCGCUACUUCACCUGGGACCCCAACAAGUUCCCUACGCCGCUCGACAUGCAGCGCAACAUCGCCAGCAAGCGCCGCAAGAUGGUGUCCAUCGUUGACUCGCACAUCAAGAUCGACAGCGGCUACAAGGUGUACACGGAGGCGCAGGCCAACGGGUACCUGAUGAAGAACAAGGAUGGGCGCGACUAUGAGGGCUGGUGCUGGCCAGGCUCGGUGUCGUACCCAGACUUUGCAAAUCCCGAUGUGCGUUCCUGGUUCGCGAGCAAGUUUGCCUACGACCAGUACGAGGGCUCGAGUGAGAUUCUGUUCACGUGGAACGACAUGAAUGAGCCGUCCGUGUUCAACGGGCCCGAGGUGACGAUGCACAAGGACACGGUGCACCUGAGCGGCUGGGAGCACCGCGACCUGCACAACCUCUAUGGCCUCUACCAGCAAAUGGCUACGGUGGAGGGGCAGAUCCGGCGAUCGGGCGGUGUGGAGCGCCCUUACGUGCUCUCCCGCGCGUUCUUUGCCGGAUCCCAGCGAUACGGCUCCAUCUGGACGGGAGACAACACGGGGGAGUGGGGCCACCUGCGCGUGUCCAUCCCCAUGCUGCUCAACAUCAACCUGUGCGGCAUCUCCUUCAGCGGGGCCGACGUCGGCGGCUUCUUCCGCAACCCGCCGCCCGAGCUGCUGGUGCGCUGGUACCAGGCCGGCGCCUACCAGCCGUUCUUCCGAGCGCACGCUCACAUCGACACGCAGCGCCGCGAGCCCUGGCUCAUCGGCGCCGACAACAUGGCGCUGGUGCGCGUGGCGCUGCACCAGCGCUACGCCCUGCUGCCGUUCUGGUACACGGCCUUCUACCGCGCCCACCGCACCGGCGAGCCCGUCAUGAGAGCCCUCUGGGUCGAGUUCCCCAAGGAAACGGCCACGUUCGCAAUCGAGGACGAAUACCUUCUUGGUGAUGCCCUGCUGGUCCAUCCCAUCACAGAGGCCGGCUCCCGAGGGGUGAGCAUCUACCUGCCUGGGCCCGGAGAGCUGUGGUACGACGUUCACGACCACAGGAAAUACGAGGGCGGCCAGGAGCUUUAUGUCCCCGUCACCAUGAGCUCGAUUCCGGUGUAUCAGAGAGGGGGCUCCGUGGUGCCGCGACAGAACCGGCCGCGACGCUCCUCGGAGUGCAUGCACGAUGACCCCUACACGCUCUACGUCGCCCUCGACAAAGCCGGCCGGGCAGAGGGGCAGCUGUUCCUGGAUGACGGUCGCUCCUUCGCCUACGACACGGACAAGCGGUUCGCGCUGCGCUCGUUCCACUUCUCCAACGGCGCGCUGGUGGCCAGCUCUGCCGACCCCAGCGGAAGCUACGGCACAAAGUCGUGGCUCGAGAAGGUCGUGGUCAUCGGCGUCAAAAAGCCGUCGCACGUCACUCUCAAGCAAGCAGUCUCUCCGUCGGAGUCCGCGUUGGAGUUUGAGUACGACGCCGCCACGGCCACCCUGGAGGUGCGGAAACCUGGCGUGAACAUUGCCUCCGACUGGACCAUCCUCAUCCAAUGAUGGAAGAAGCCGGGGCAGCCCACCCCCCCCCCCUCCUCUGCCGGUCAUUUUGUGAUUGAUUUUUUUUUAGUUGAGGGGGUUGGGGUUGGGGUAAAAGCUACGAGAGGGGAGGGAGUACGGAGGGGAGGAGUGGUGGGGGAGAGUUUGGUGGCGGAGGGUGGGUGUGGAUGCCGCACGGGGCAACGUCCCUUUUAGCUCCGAACGACACGGGAACACACAAAUAAUUAAAUGCGUUUUUUUUGUUUUGCCCCUUCGUUUUUUUGUCGUAAGUUUUUGCUAAAUUUGUCCCACUGUUACGUCGCCGACGGAUUCCUUGACAAAUCAGCGUGCACCGGUUUUUCUUUCUUUCCAUCACUCUUUAUUAUUUAUUUGAUUGUGCGGGCGCCCGACCGAUCGCUCGCUCGCCGGCUUGCAAUAGAAAGGACCGCUCUUUCGGCUCCCAUUACUGUGAAUUCGGUUGCUUCUACGACACGUGCCAUUGUUAGCGAUGAUGUUCAUUUAAAAAAAACCGCGCGAUUCCAAAGAUCCGCCGAGGAUGUCUGUGACGACAGUUCCCCUCAUUUAUACUGAUUUCCGAGCUAUGAAGGCAGCGAUUACAUUUUCUUUUUUAAUCAACGGCAGGUGCUGGUGCACGUUAUCCUCUAUAGGAAGGAACGAUAAAGCCCAAAUCAGAAUUUAAGGACCGAGGUGGCGGGUGGUGAAUUUGUUUCAUGGAUACUACACGAUGACUGCCAGAUAACAAAAACAUACAAAACAUAAAUGGCUCUUCUUUUGUGUCUAGGGCUGUGUCCUGGACUGUCCAAUGGAAGUGAAAUAAAAAAAAACACUUUUAAGUGACUCUAGGAGUCAUCCCUUAUUGACGUUAACCAUGGCGUGCCGCCAAUCUUAUCACCCCAAGCCUUGACAUUUUUUGACAGAUUGCCGUGAAGACCUUGAGCCAGAGGUCUGUUGCACGUUAUUACGCUUUCGAGAGAGGGUGGGGGGGGGCUUCUUGCCGCUAGAAGCGAGGAGCCACAGGAAUUGGAUGUCCUCUUCCCCUCCCCCCUGUGUAUCUGGAACCUUGCUUGCUUGGAGGUUUGCGAAGACCUGGCCAGUAUCUGUCCAGGAGCUUACACAGCAUCCAUUUCCAUUUAUUCUUUAAAAACAAAAUGUAAUCACGGUUGCCGAGCACAGGCCCAGAGAGGGGCCCCCAAAACGCCCAACAACCAGUUACAAUCGUCGAGAUUGAAGGGCGUACUCGAACGGGACCUUUUCCCCGUGUCGCGACGCUACGGUGGGAGGGGUGUUAGCGAGCCCGCGGAAUGGAUAUCGGAUUUGUUUAGGAGGUGGAACGAACAGCGCAACGAUUCGUCGUCCGUCGAUGCCGAUCGUCGUUGAGCUUUACGCCGGCCCCGCGUCGAUCGCGCGCUUGAGAAUCGAUGUUCUUUCUGUCCGUGUGUGUGUGUGUGCGCUCAAUGUACGAUGGGUUCGCGUCGCCCUUGCGGCCGCUAGGUUUCCCCGAUCGUUUGGCGCAGCGUAAAAAAUCUA